AUGCCGAAGCGGAAAGCCAAUUGGUGGCCGUCGAGCAUCCUCUCGGACCCGGACGUGCUGAGCAUGGACGACGAAGGUCGCUUCGUGCUGUGCAAGAUCUGCCAUGUGCACUACGCCGUGCACGGCGGCAAGAAGCCCAAGCCCGUGAUCAUGAACUCCAAUUUCCGUACACGGGCUUGGGAUGUGCACAAGGAGCGGACCAACUCGCAUCGGCUCCAGAAGCGACAGCAAGAGCAGGCGCUGGAGCACGACCGGGGGCAGCCGAACGAAGUGCCGACGACACAGGAACAAGCGGUGCAGCUUGAAGCAGAUACGAAGGACUCUUCGUACAGUUGUGUGUUGGGGCAAGAGCAGUUAGAGCAGCACGGACAGCAACAGGUACAAGAGCAGCCGACCGUAGCAGUCCAGUUGCAGUCUCAUACUCCGACGAGAGUACUCAAUGGAGUAGAGACUACGGCUCAGAGUCGAGCUCAGGCACUACCACAGACACAGGUUUUGAUCCGGUCACAUAGCAGGACACAGAUUUCGCCGCAGCGGCGACGGCAACUGGAGCAGCAGCAACCACUGCAACAUGUACAGGAUAGCGACGAGAGUGAAGACGCUGGUCACGAUCGGUUGCAAAUAGUUGCUCGAGAAUGUGUUACUGAGAAGCCGGCAAGUCCGAUGUUGCCGGCUAUUGCAGCAGCGGACGCUGCCAGUGCUCACACUGGUAGACUAACGCCUAGCAACAAACGGCUCGCUGCGUCGAUGCCCAUUGGUGCGUCGAUGCCGAGACGUCGUGCGUUCCGAGCGGGAGCAUGUGGAUUGUCAAGGCAACUCAUUGCAGACUUAGCUGUACAUCCACAUGAGGAGCACUCGUUUAUGGUGCCUGGCUCUGUGCCCCGCACGAAGGGGACGCCUGCACAUAGUGAACGCACAAUUGCAAUGGAGCAGCAGGCGGAUAGUUCCGCACGAUGGCGCCAUAUGCACGACGACGUGAGCCGUGCGUUGAGUCCGUCGCCCCGAAGGCGGCAGCAGGGACCAGCCUCAUAUACAAGCGGCGAGUUGCGUGCAGCCAAGACACUGGUUCAGACGGAAACAGGCGACCUCGGCGGCAAUAACAGCGAGAGAGUAGCGAAAAAGCUCCGGUCGCUGAAUGCCGAGUAUCACGCUAGCAACAUGCGUUACGCAGACGCUUACAACAUGCGCCAUAAAUUUGACAUCUUGGACCGCAGCAGUGCCGGCUACAAGGAGUAUUGGGGUACGCUGCGCGAUGUGUACACUUCGUCUGGUAUAAGUGGCGGUGGUGGUGGUUCUGCUGUGUCGUACCGGAAGUCGUACCACCGCGGCAAUCCGUCCGCUAAAUCGAUCCAAGAAUGCACGGAGGCCGAAGCUGAGACCACGACCCCGGAAGACUCUGGAUCCAGUGAAGAUGCUUUCAAGCCGGCUGUGGUGGUGCACGACACAUCGCUCAUCAACGCAAUUGAGAGGCUGACCGAUGCCACAUCCAAGCAAAUUACUGACUUGCACGAGAAGAGAGCGACGGGCACGAGAGAGGCGCUUACAGGUCUGACCCUAGUGAUGACGGACUUGCGCGUGCAGUGCGGUCAAGCGUUCGAGCGUAUGAUCGAGUUGCAGGAGAAGCAUUUGAAAGUGAUGGGGAGUAUAUUGGACGUCAAGUUGCGCAAGGAGGCAGCACGGAAUGCAAGACACAGCUGCAACAAGAACGAGCACAGUAGUGGGAGCAGCACAGGGACUGGUUCCGAAAGCAUAGAGCUCACGUGA